AUGUCUCAGACUGCUCCCGUAUCCGCUGGCGUGGAAGGAAAUAACACGAACUGCAAGAAUUAUUGCACCGAAUGUGACAACUGCACGGAAUGUACUGGAUGCGCGAAGUCGAGCAAUUGCACUGAUUGUGAAGGCUGCGAAGGGUGUUCUAACUGUACUGACUGCUCGGACUGCAUAAAGUAUGCCGCCCUCAAUUUCAGCCGCAAAUUUGCCAUGGUCAAGACUUACUCUCCUAGUUGUACCAACUGCACGAACUGCAGCGGACUGAAAAACAGACAUAAUGCAAAUAAUGAGCACGCAUGA